AUGAGCGCAGGUGGCACAUUUGUGCCACCGAUGAUGAUAUUUCCGCGAAAACGGGAUAAUCCACUACUGAUGAAAGGUGCUCCACCUGGUGCCAUUCACGCUUGUCAUCCCUCAGGAUGGAUACAACUUGAACUAUUUACUCAAUGGUUCGAGCACUUUUUACAGCAUGUGAAACCAACUGCUACAUCGCCAGUUCUCCUGAUUUUAGACGGACAUGCCAGUCACACCCGAAAUAUCAAAGUAGUGGAUUUAGCCAGAGAAAACCACGUUCGCUUGCUGAGUCUACCUCCUCACUCAAGUCACAAAAUGCAGCCACUUGAUAAAACAUUUAUGGGUCCAUUAAAAAAGUAUUCGACUGAAGAAAUUCGUAAAAGACUACGAAUGCAAGCUCGAGCAAUAACACAUUACGACAUCGCAGAAUUAUUUGGUCAAGCCUACAUAAGAGCUCAGCGUGCAGAAUUGGCCAUUAACGGCUUCCGUGCAACUGGAAUAUAUCCCGUGAACAGGAAUGUAUUCCAAGAUCAUGACUUCAUUGACGAAGACCUUCCAGAGGUAGAAGAAACUUUUGAUGAUCCAGUGCGCGAUUUAAUGACACCAGUCAAUGAUGAUUCCGAUAACUGUUUGCCUGAGCCAAGAACUGUUGUAACUCCGAGUCCUCAAUCUGUGAAUGUACCGCCAUCACCCCAGAGUGUUGAUGGACAUCACCAAGCUAACCCGCAAACCGAAAUGCCGACGACGACCAUCGAUGAUGCUAUAGCUGGUCCCUCAACAUCAUCUAGAACAUUUUUGUCGCCAAAAGUGUUGCAGCCUAUACCGCGUUUGAAGAAGACAGUCAGCAAUAGAGGAAGAAAAACCACCAGGCCUACGAUUUUGACAUCUUCACCUUAUAAACAAGAUUUAGAAACGUCGAUACAAAGGAGCACAAAAAAGAAACAAAAGAAAACGCCAAAGAAAACAGCACAAAAGAAAAGAAAAAUCGCAAAAGAUAAAAAAUCAUCGUCUGAAAGUUCUGAUAAGAGUGAUUUUUCAGUCAAUGAUAGUACCGAUGAAAGUCCAGAUCGUUCCCAAAAUCAAAAUGGUAGAUGUUUGUAUUGUAAUGGGCUUUUUUCAGAAGAUGUUCAUGGAGAGAAAUGGAUCCAAUGUGCAUCUUGUAGGGAAUGGGCUCAUGAAGAUUGUGCUGGCGUAGAAGAUAUGGUUGAUUUCUUCGUGUGCGAAUUGUGUACCAAUGACUAG